AUGGUUUUUCCAAGCCCUGCUUGUAUGACAUGUAAAAAGCGACGUGUGAAGUGUGAUUCCGCACGACCUGACUGCAAUCGCUGCCACAAAGCUAAUAGGAAAUGCGCCUGGCAAUCUGACCAAACAGAAGAUUGGCCUUUCAGAAGUGAGAAUGCAUUUGCAGAGGGAAAGCCGCGCCGCCCACGCGCACGCUGCGACAACCAGUGUUUGCAGAUUGUACAGUCUCAUCAGUCAAUUCCGCUUAUUACCCUGCCUUCAUUGCCACUGGAAGUCUAUGCAUUGAACUACUGGGUAGCGAACUUCACUUCAUGGCCCGGGGAUUUGCAAGAAAUACAAAGCGAGUAUGGCGCCUGUGCACUCCGUUUUUGGGAGGACUCUCGGAAGGAUUCAAUACUUCGAUUGGCUGUUUCGGCCUUUGCAUUGGCGAAGUUUGGAAGGGCUGUGCGUUCAAGUGAGGCGCUUAAAGAUGCUGGUGUCAUUUAUGGCAAAAGCAUUAAGAGGAUGCGCUCGGAGAUUAUGAAUCUAUCGAGUGAAAUGAUUGAUCCUUUACUCAUUGCUACCUUGUUAAUGGCUAUCUACGAUACACGAUCUUGUAUUAUUCGAGGAACUCCAGUCCCCGAGUGGCUCCAAAACCAAGCAAUUGAUACCGAAGACCCGGUCGCAAUGCUUGAUCAUCUAUACGUCCAACUGGCCCAUGUUCGAUCUCAGUAUUUGGGGUUUCAACUAGAAAACACGGAGUCUCACAUUGAACAACUGGAUGCUCUUAUCACAGAAGCCAAAGAGCUACAAUUUGCCUUUGAAGAUUGGGUCCUUUCAGUUCCCGACCAGUGGAAGUUUUCGGUCAUUGAGUUCAAAGAUACUGGUAAUCUUAAUUCGCGCAACGCUAUAUAUGGAGACUAUUAUCAUAUAUACUCGACAAUGGAGCACGCGACUAUCUGGAAUCGAUACCGUGCUGCCCAUAUGAUUGCUAGCAGCACUUUCAUACGGGUUCUGCUCACAAUGUCUGCGAUAUUGCCCGAGGAUCAAACAUUGGCUGCCAGGGUCCAAGAACAAAUGUCUAAAAUUGAGUCAUUGGUCUCUGAUAUGUGCUGCAGUAUUGCAUUCUUUCUCGUAGCGGGUAAAGACAAGGGCGCGGGUGAUUUGAAGCUGUUCCAUAAUGAGCUAACACCAAUGACAGCUACUUUGUUAGCUUGGCCAUUAACACUGGCUGUCAGCACUAGUUUUGCACCAACGGAACAAAAACAGUGGAUAGGAGAAAAGAUCCAGCUUAUAUCUGCCGCUUUGGGGACAAAUAUACUGGGUGCAAUUCCGAAAAUGACCACGGCCUUUUGA